CCCGUGCCUAUCACGAUGAGAAAUGCCACCAUCGUGUAAAUAAAAGUAUAUUUACCUUCCAGUUUCUGUGUUCAAAUCGCUCUCUGUCCCCCCUAACCCCUUGGCAUCGUCCUCAUCACUCAUUGUCUUCAACACCAUCGACCUCAGUUUCAAAAGGCUCAACUUAAAGCUUCAGGGAAACAAGGCUCCUCGAUUUCCACCACACUCAUCCCUCCCACACACACAAUUUCCCACCACAAUGUCUUCCUACAACCUCCCAGCUCCCCGCCGCAUCACGGCCUCCAACCUGCCCCUGCCUUCGCAAUACCACGGCGAUGAGCACGCCGAGCCGGGCGUCGAGAUCAAGAUCGACAACCUGAAGGUCGACUCCCUCCUCAACGGCACGCUGAUGCGCGCCAGGGUGGCCACCAGCAAGCAGAUCCCCACCAUCAACGACGGACACGGCGACAUCCCCCUCGACGAGGUCCCGGGCAUGGGCAUCGUGCUGCCGGGCGGCCUGAACAUGUACUACAUCGACCUGGCGCCCAACACGGAGGGCACGAUGCACCGCACCACGUCGACCGACUACCUGGUGGUGAUCUCGGGCGCGCUGAGCCUGCUGACGCCCGCGCCGGUGCCCUACCAGGUCAGGGACGGCAAGGCCACGCACGGCGAGCCCGUCGAGACGGUCUGCCGCCCGGGCGAUGUGGUGGCGCAGCGCGGGAUGAUGCAUGCGCUCUCGAACCGUACCAACGACUGGGUGCGCCUGCUGGCUGUUGUACUGUCGUCCAACCCCAACAAGGUGCCCGUGGAGGGCACCGGCGGCCACAAGGAGCUGCCUGACGUUUGGCUGGCUUAGGUGGAGACACUUGAGGAGCGUGAUGUGUAAGUGCACAGGUUGGAAAGGUACAUGAGGGAUAGUCGAUUCGUCGUUCUGAUAUCCAAAGCUCGUGAUUUUCUUGCAACUUAUGCAUCCUAUCGGGAGUAGACCGCAUACAUCACAUCAAGUUUGUCAUGCAAUCAUCUGCGCAAAACGCAUCAAGGCAUUC